AGGGGAGAGUAGUGGGGGGGCGCUUCUGACCAAUUCCUUCCACCUCCCUCUGGCUGGCCAUUGCCAUGGCAACUAGGGUGUACUGGGCUCCGGAGGGAACAAAGGUGGGGGGCGGACUAGGACCUCUCGGGGAGGGCAAGGAUCUGAGGUUCUUCCAUAGGAAGUAGAGCCUCAUUCUGCUCUGCCCCAUUUUCACCCCUUUCCCCCCCACCCCCCCAAAAACCCUUAGCUCAUCCUUCUUGCCUCUACUCUGUUCAGGGUUUCACCUGAUUUCCUCUUAGCCCCAUCCCCAGGGCUCACUGAAGCUCAGCUUCUCAAAAUUCUGGACUAUCCUCCUUCCCAUCAGAGGGAAACUGAGGCUGGGGCAGGGGAGGAAAGAAUGGAGGUCUACCAGUGGGAAUCAGCACCUUAUUGAACAUCCGGCUUUUCUUCUCAGCCUCCCUGUUUCCUGCUUCCUCCUUCCACACAACCCCUCUUCCCUCCCAAGCCUCCUUUCCAGGGGUCUCUGGGGGUUUCCUUCUAUUUUCAGAUACUAUCACUUUGCCCCCUCUUUCUUUCUCUUCUGCUCAAACUCUCCUCCUUCCCCCUAGUUCCCCAUCUUUCCAUUUCUGGAUGCUUCUGAUGUCAGCGGUUUCCCCGCCUUCGGGUUCCCUAGUCCCCCCUCCCCUUGGUCCCAGCCUCCUUUCUCCCAUCUUCCCAGAUCCCUGGUGAGCUAGAGGGGGAUCACACAGGCUUGGGGAAAUGGGGCAGAGCAUCAAGACCCCUGGGCCCAGGAGCUGGAACACUGGGAAGGAGUUGGAAUAGCAUACAUAUCCCAGUUUACCGUGAACCCUCAAAAGAGAAACAAGUCAUGCACCUGCCAGCAGUAGCUCUGAAGAGAGAUUUGGGGAUGUGAAGAUAGGGACUGAACAGUACUGAGCAGGGGAUAUAAGAAGAAGGGACCUCGGAAUGCCAGAGGGAGGAAAAAAGACUGAAAGGGAUAGGAGACAAGAGGUCAGAAUACCUUCUUUCCUGACGGUCUGGAAAGCAGGGCACUUACCUGUGUGGGCUAUGUGACUGGCCAUCCGAUUUAAGGCAGGAGAUGUUCUGAAUGACCCCAUGACCCUUAGUAAUCAGUUAUUUCUACAGUUUCAAGAGAAGGGGGGCAUGAGAAGUCAGCUGGAGACCAGCCUAGACCCCACCUUUGCCCUCCCCCACCUCAUGUCAUCUCUCCCUUGCAGUUUGUCCAGGUGGCUGAGCCUUACCCCCCACACCCCUUGGGGCACCCAGAAGAUCCCAGACUGGUCAAGAGCCAGAGGAAGACGAGACCCAGACGUCCCGGCAUGGGGACCAGAGCUCCUCAGCCAGCCUCAUAGUUGGGAAAGCAGGCAGCUUGCCUCCCCCCUCAACCACAGGGAUACUUCGGGAAAGGCCCAAUAUGGAGGCUGAGGGCCACCUCCUCUGACCCUCAGUCUCCUCCCCUGCCCUCCACACCGGACCUUAGCUGGGUCAGUCAUGCAAUGCUGAGCAGUAGGGUAGGCCUAGGGGCGGCCUGCUUCACUAUAGGGCAGGGAUUGUACACAUCAUGGGUGUGUGUGUGAGUGGGGCUCCUGGGUGAGACCUAGCCCCCACCCCCAGGAGUUCAAGGGGGUGGGGGGGGCCGAGGAUAGGAUGGCUCGGGGAGGGGCAGGGGCAGAGGAGGCCUCCCUGCGCUCGAACGCAUUGUCCUGGCUGGCCUGUGGGCUGCUGGCGCUGCUGGCCAAUGCCUGGAUCAUCCUCAGCAUCUCGGCCAAGCAGCAAAAGCACAAGCCGCUGGAGUUGCUGCUCUGCUUCCUGGCGGGCACUCACAUACUCAUGGCGGCCGUGCCCCUCACUACCUUCGCCGUGGUGCAGCUCCGGCGCCAGGCUUCCUCUGACUAUGACUGGAACGAGAGCAUCUGCAAGGUGUUUGUGUCCACCUACUACACUCUGGCCCUGGCCACCUGCUUCACCGUCGCCUCACUCUCCUACCAUCGCAUGUGGAUGGUGCGUUGGCCCGUCAACUACCGCCUCAGCAACGCCAAGAAGCAGGCGCUGCACGCGGUCAUGGGCAUCUGGAUGGUCAGCUUCAUCCUCUCCACGCUGCCCUCCAUUGGCUGGCACAACAAUGGCGAGCGCUACUACGCCCGAGGCUGCCAGUUCAUAGUCUCCAAGAUUGGCCUGGGCUUUGGCGUCUGCUUCAGCCUCUUGCUACUUGGGGGCAUUGUCAUGGGGCUGGUCUGUGUGGCCAUCACCUUCUACCAGACGUUGUGGGCCCGGCCCCGGAGGGCUCGGCUGGCCCGGAGAGCCGGGGUGGGGGUUGGGGCCNCCAAGGGGGGUGGGCCAGGGGGGUUGGGUACUCGGCCAGCCUUUGAGGUGCCAGCCAUUGUGGUGGAGGAUGCCAGAGGGAAGCGGCGGUCCUCGCUGGACGGCUCUGAGUCGGCCAAGACAUCCCUGCAGGUCACCAACUUGGUCAGCGCCAUCGUCUUUCUCUAUGACUCACUCACAGGGGUGCCCAUCUUGGUGGUGAGCUUCUUCUCGCUUAAGUCGGACUCGGCUCCGCCGUGGAUGGUGCUGGCCGUGCUGUGGUGCUCCAUGGCGCAGACGCUGCUGCUGCCCUCCUUCAUCUGGUCCUGCGAGCGCUACCGUGCCGACGUGCGCACGGUGUGGGAGCAGUGCGUGGCCAUCAUGUCCGAGGAGGAUGGCGACGACGAUGCGGGCUGUGAUGACCAUGCGGAUGGCCGAGUGUGCAAAGUGCGCUUUGAUGCUAACGGUGCCACAGGACCAGGGGGCAGGGACCCCUCCCAGGUGAAGCUGCUGCCUGGAAGGCACAUGCUCUUUCCCCCUCUUGAGAGGGUCCACUACCUACAGGUCCCUCUGUCCCGCCGUCUGUCCCACGACGAGACCAACAUCUUCUCUACUCCUCGGGCACCAGGCUCCAUCCUGCAUAAGUGGUCAUCCUCUGAUGACAUCCGGGUCCUCCCGGCCCAGAGCCGAGCCCUGGGGGGUCCUCCUGAGUACCUGGGAAGUAGACAAAGGCUGGAGGAUGAGGAGGGUGAGGAGGAAGCUGAAGGGGGGGGGCUGGCCAGCCUUCGCCAAUUCCUGGAGGGUGGGAUGUUGGGGUCAGGUGGGGGACCCCCACGGGGUCCUGGCUUCUUCCGGGAAGAGAUCACCACCUUUAUCGAUGAGACACCUCUGCCUUCUCCGACUGCUUCGCCAGGGCCCUCUCCUCGCCGGCCCAGGCCCCUGGGCAUCUCACCCCGCAGGCUCUCCCUUGGGUCCCCUGACAGCAGAGCCGUUGGACUUCCUUUGGGGUUAAGUGCAGGGAGACGCUGCUCCCUGACAGGAGGUGAGGGAAGUGCAAGACCUUGGGGAGGAUCGUGGGGCCCAGGUAACCCCAUUUUCCCCCAGCUGACCCUGUGAGCCCAAGUGGGCCUGAGGGACUCAGAGGAGGGGCCCUGAGUGAGUAACACCAGUUCUGGCCCUGAGCCUAGGGCAGCUGCCUCCAGACUCCACAGAGAUGGGCACUGGAUCUGGGGCCUGGAGCCCCCUGCUGUCUCCCAUCUCAAUGACCAGAUGUCCUCCUCACCUUCCAUCAUCCUUAGCAAAAUGUAUUAAAGCCUGAAGUGUUACCAUGGAAA